AUGCGAAUACUACAACUAAAUAUGAAUAAUUCACGAUACGCACACGAGGACCUUCUCAACGGAUCGCUGGCGAACGAUUGGGACGUCAUUCUGCUACAGGAACCCUGCCUAGAUAAGCUAGGCAACACGAGAGCUACGUCAGCGUGGCGAGUCAUCUACCCCUCUGAC